AUGGUAUUCCGCUCCCCUCUAGAGCUCUAUCCCUCCCACUUCUUCUUGCCAAACUUCGCGGAUCCUCACCACCGCUCCCUACUUCUGGCUAGUAGCAGCGGCGGCGGCGGCGGCGGGAGCAGUGCGGGAGGAGGCGGCGGCGGCGCGGGAGGAGGCGGCGCGGGAGGAGGCGGCGGCGGUGGCGGAGGAGGCGGCGGCAGCGGCGGCGGCUCCAGGGCCCCCCCGGAAGAGUUGUCCAUGUUCCAGCUGCCCACCCUCAACUUCUCUCCGGAGCAGGUGGCCAGCGUCUGCGAGACGCUGGAGGAGACUGGGGACAUCGAGCGGCUGGGACGCUUCCUCUGGUCCUUGCCCGUGGCCCCGGGGGCGUGCGAGGCCAUCAACAAGCACGAGUCCAUCCUGCGCGCCCGAGCCGUGGUCGCCUUCCACACGGGCAACUUUCGCGACCUCUACCACAUCCUGGAGAACCACAAGUUCACCAAAGAGUCGCACGGCAAGCUGCAAGCCAUGUGGCUGGAGGCGCACUACCAGGAGGCGGAGAAGCUACGCGGCCGCCCUCUCGGCCCAGUGGACAAGUACCGAGUGAGGAAGAAGUUCCCGUUGCCCCGGACCAUCUGGGACGGCGAGCAGAAGACUCAUUGCUUCAAGGAGCGGACUCGGAGCCUGCUCAGGGAGUGGUACCUUCAGGACCCCUAUCCCAACCCCAGCAAGAAACGCGAACUGGCUCAGGCCACGGGCCUCACCCCCACACAAGUAGGCAACUGGUUUAAGAAUCGGCGGCAGCGCGACCGGGCGGCUGCGGCCAAGAACAGGCUGCAGCAUCAGUCGAUCGGACAGAGCGGCAUGCGCUCGCUGGCUGAGCCUGGCUGUCCGACGCACGGCUCGGCAGAGUCGCCAUCCACGGCGGCCAGUCCCACAACCAGUGUGUCCAGCCUGACAGAACGAGCGGACACCGGCACCUCCAUCCUCUCGGUAACCUCCAGCGACUCGGAAUGUGAUGUAUGA